AUGGCUUCGAGAGGAAACGACUACGAGCGCGGCGGCGAGGGGGAGGCGGCGAUGACGGAGGCGGCGUCGGUGGAGAAGGCGUUCGAGGGGAAGGUGGUGCCGCCGUGGCAGGCACAGCUGACGUUUAGGGCGAUGGUGGUGAGUCUGAUACUGGCGGUGAUGUUCACGUUCAUCGUCAUGAAGCUGAACCUAACAACAGGGAUUAUUCCAUCUCUUAACAUCUCAGCGGGGCUUCUAGGGUUCUUCUUCGUGAAAACAUGGACAACGUUGCUUGGCAAAUCGGGAAUGCUCAAACAUCCCUUCACUCGCCAGGAGAACACUGUCAUUCAAACCUGCGUCGUUGCAGCCAGCGGCAUUGCAUUCAGCGGUGGUUUUGGUAGCUACAUGUUUGGAAUGAGUUCAGAUAUUGCAAAACAAUCUCCUGAAGCUGGCACCAUGAAGGAUAUUAAGAACCCAAGUUUAGGGUGGAUGGUAGCAUUUCUAUUUGUUGUUAGCUUUCUUGGCCUCUUUUCAGUGGUUCCACUUCGGAAGAUUAUGAUUGUAGACUUCAAAUUGACAUAUCCCAGUGGUACUGCAACAGCCCAUCUUAUCAACAGUUUCCAUACAACAGAGGGUGCCAAAGUAGCAAAGAAGCAAGUACGCGCACUGGGAAAGUUCUUCUCCUUUAGCUUCUUGUGGGGUUUCUUCCAAUGGUUUUUCACUGCUGGUGAUGGUUGUGGAUUUGUAAACUUCCCUACAUUUGGUCUACAAGCCUAUCAACAACAGUUCUUCUUUGACUUUUCGGCUACUUAUGUGGGGGUUGGAAUGAUAUGCCCAUAUAUAAUCAAUAUAUCCCUGCUGGUUGGUGGAAUUCUCUCCUGGGGUAUCAUGUGGCCUCUCAUCGAUGCUAAGAAAGGAAACUGGUACUCUGCAGACCUCAAGUCAAGCAGCUUACAUGGCCUUCAAGGUUACAAGGUUUUCAUAGCCAUAGCAAUGAUUCUUGGUGACGGUCUAUACAACUUUGUCAAGGUUCUUGGCCGCACUCUUUUUGGUUUGUAUAACCAAUUCUGUAAAAAAAGCUUGGACACAGUUCGUCCAUCCAGCGAUUCAACCUCACCACCUCCAUCACUUUCAUAUGAUGAUAAGCGAAGAACUGAGCUGUUCCUCAAAGACCAAAUUCCCCCCUGGUUUGCUGUUAUUGGCUAUGUUAGUCUUGCAGUAAUCUCCAUUGUCACGAUUCCCCACAUUUUCCACCAGCUAAAGUGGUAUUACAUUGUUGUGAUUUACAUUAUUGCACCAGCACUAGCAUUUUGUAAUGCCUAUGGGUGUGGUCUGACAGACUGGUCCCUUGGAUCAACGUAUGGAAAAUUGGCCAUCUUCACUAUUGGGGCAUGGGCAGGGGCUUCUAAUGGUGGGGUUCUUGCUGGUUUGGCUGCAUGUGGGGUCAUGAUGAACAUUGUGUCCACAGCAUCUGACCUAAUGCAGGACUUCAAAACAGGCUACAUGACAUUGGCUUCGCCAAGGUCCAUGUUUUUGAGUCAAGUUGUUGGAACGGCCAUGGGUUGCGUUAUAUCUCCUUGUGUCUUCUGGCUUUUCUACAAGGCCUUUGGCAACCUUGGGGUUCCUGGCUCAGCAUACCCUGCCCCUUAUGCUCUUGUUUAUCGUAAUAUGGCAAUAUUGGGGGUAGAUGGCUUCUCAGCUCUGCCAAGAUACUGCCUCACCCUUUGCUGUGUAUUUUUUGUUGGAGCCAUAGUUAUCAAUCUUAUUCGAGAUCUGGUUGGAAACAAGUGGUCUAGAUUUAUUCCUGUUCCUAUGGCCAUGGCUAUACCCUUUUAUAUUGGAAGUUACUUUGCCAUUGAUAUGUGUCUUGGAAGCUUGAUCUUAUUUAUCUGGCAGAAGCUUGACAAGGCUAAUGCUGAUACAUUUGCAUCAGCUGUGGCUUCUGGUUUGAUAUGUGGGGAUGGAAUCUGGACACUACCUAGCUCAUUUCUGGCACUGGCAGGAGUGAAGCCACCUAUCUGCAUGAAAUUUUUGUCCAGAGCAGCAAAUGCAAAGGUUGAUGCAUUCUUGGAAUCUUGA